AUAUAUAUAUGGAGCAGCUGUGUUAAUAACUCCACGUCCUGACCUGGCUUCCACUGCUGACAACAAAUUUACCAGUAAAACAUAUACAAUUAUGAAGGUAGUACUUGCAUUUGGAUUUUUUUUGGGAACAGCAUUUUGCUGUUCUGAUGAUCAGUAUACGUGCUUGGACGGACAAUGCAUCUCUUCAGAUUAUCAGUGUGAUUCCUGGGUUGAUUGCAGUAGUGGAGAAGACGAUAUGGGAUGUUCUCCUUGCGAAAGUGAUCAAUUUCUUUGUGCUACUGAUUCCUGUAUAAAAUGGUAUUGGGUAUGCGAUGGUAUGGAUGACUGUGGUGAUGGCUCUGACGAACGGGGAUGCUCCAACCUUUGUUGGAAUACAUAUAACCCACUUGCAAGACGGAGUAUAGCAAAAGUGAGUGCCAAAAAAGCUGUAUCCAGGGGUCUCAACAAAGGAGGUAAAAAUGAAGCUGCUGGUUCGAAUCUCUACAAAAAGAAAAACGAAGUUGAAGCAGAGAAAAUUGUUAAUAAACUCGAAAGGCUCAGGCUACUCAGAAGAGGAAAAAAUGGAAAAUAGAACUGAAUAUGAACUGAAGAAAAAUGCACGCAAAUAAUUGGAAUCGUCCAUGGACUAUGAUAUAAUGAAAUAUUUAUGAACAUUCAUAAGCAGUAGUGUGUAGUGUUAUAUUAUCAUUUAUGUAUAUUUUGUAAAAACGAAAUGUAACAUUAAUGUAAUUUAAAGUUUUAAUUGAUUUAAUAUCUUUAAAAAAUUUAAACAAUAAUCAAUGAUAAUUGGUCAAUACCUAUAUUCGUAUUUUACACUUUCAUUAUUCAUUCUAUCAAUAAAAUACUUCUUGUAAUUGA